GAGGAGACACGGAAGGAAGGAGCCGUGACGAUAUUAAUCUCCCCAAACCCCAAACAAAAAAACCCACCCUCAGCUCGGGAAGGACAGUCGGGGGUCCGCUCCUCCCAGAGGGUGGUGCUGCCCGCCGGGGCGAACCACGCGGAGGGUUGUGGGGCGGAUAGCUCCCCUCCAGUUGGAAACUCAUGGAGUUGGGGGGGCGGGGGACUCCUUUUCCCAGCAUGCCCCGCGGCGGGCCCGACCGGCCGCGACUCGGGGCUCGGCCCCGGCCCUAGCUCGUUCGCCGGUGUAUUGGGGCGCGCAGAGGCUGCAGUCACGGUGGCGCCCGCGGGGACGGAGGAGGGAAUGAGUGAAGAGGAGCAGGGCUCCGGCACUACGACGGGCUGCGGGCUGCCCAGUAUAGAGCAAAUGCUGGCAGCCAACCCGGGCAAGACCCCGAUCAGCCUUCUGCAGGAGUAUGGGACCAGAAUAGGGAAGACGCCCGUGUACGAUCUUCUCAAAGCCGAGGGCCAAGCCCACCAGCCUAAUUUCACCUUCCGGGUCACCGUUGGCGACACCAGCUGCACUGGUCAGGGUCCCAGCAAGAAGGCAGCCAAGCACAAGGCAGCUGAGGUGGCUCUCAAACACCUCAAAGGGGGAAGCAUGCUGGAGCCGGCCCUGGAGGACAGCAGUUCUUUUUCUCCCUUAGACACGUCACUGCCUGAGGACGUUCCGGGUUUCACUGUGGCAGCGCCUGCUACUCCUGUUCCACCUGCUGUUCCAACCAGGAGCUCCCCCAUGGAGGUGCAGCCCUCCGUCUCCCCUCAGCAGUCCGAGUGCAACCCCGUUGGCGCUCUGCAGGAGCUGGUGGUGCAGAAAGGCUGGCGGUUGCCUGAGUACACAGUCACCCAGGAGUCUGGGCCAGCUCACCGCAAAGAGUUUACCAUGACCUGCCGAGUGGAACGUUUCGUUGAGAUUGGCAGUGGUACUUCCAAAAAGCUGGCAAAGCGUAACGCAGCAGCCAAAAUGCUGCUCCGAGUGCACACGGUGCCUCUGGAUGCCCGGGAUGGGAAUGAGGCAGAGCCUGAUGAUGAUCACUUCUCCAUUGGUGUGGGCUCCCGCCUUGAUGGACUUCGGAACCGGGGCCCAGGCUGCACCUGGGAUUCUCUGCGAAAUUCAGUGGGAGAGAAGAUGCUGUCUCUCCGCAGCUGCUCUCUGGGCUUCUUAGGUGCUCUGGGCCCUGCCUGCUGCAGUGUCCUCAGUGAGCUCUCCGAGGAGCAGGCCUUCCAUGUCAGCUACCUGGAUAUUGAAGAGCUGAGCCUGAGUGGGCUCUGUCAGUGCCUGGUGGAGCUGUCUACACAGCCAGCCACUGUGUGUCACGGGUCUGCAACCACCAGGGAGGCAGCCCGAGGAGAGGCUGCUCGCCGUGCCCUACAGUACCUCAAGAUUAUGGCAGGCAGCAAGUAAGGCACCAGCUGGACUCAAGGAUGUGCACCCUUCCUCCCUGUUCUUCUGGCCUCUGGCCUAUGCGUCUGCUCAGCUCUGGCAGCCCCUGAAAGUGCCAUCUCUACCUCUGACACAGACUGCCUGCCUGCAGGCUGAGGAGAGAACAGGGUCAGGAGCCAGGGACUGCAGGGCCUUGGCUGGCACCAGGCCCACUGGUGACGAUGAGUGGGAAUGAAAUCGGGGGGCUCUCCUCUGGAGCCCAGAAUAAAUGUUCUACUCUUUGGAUUCUUAAA